AUGGAAACCUCACAGCUUCCCUCCCCCUCGUCGAUAUCGGAUGGGGUUAUACUCUACUGUUUAGUUGGCGUGCACCCCAACAAUAUAUGCAGCAUGAAUCUCAAAUUGCAAGAAAAAUGGAUUGGAGAGAUCCGUUGCAACGCCAAAAAUUCCGAGGUUGUUGGGAUUCUCUCUGGGCUUGACCUGGGUCGCGGAAGCGAUUCACACUACGCGCAGGAGUGGAUGCUUCGGCAGUCUUGGUGGUUGGCGGGUGAACUGCGACUACCACUGGUACUUUUUGUUGACAGCCAAACAUCAGAAGGACUUAUUUUUACUGGGCAACGCAUGACUGUGCUUCUGGAUGAACUUAUUCAAAGCAGCUCAUCCACUGAAAGCGCCGGUAAGGGCGUAGACACCCCAGGUAGGGAGCCCUCAGCCGGGGAUAACACCGGCACCGUAUCCUCAUGCAAAGCGCCUGUGGCGGUGGUUCUGCACAAUGGAAUGAAGAUUCUGGCAUGCUCCGAAGACAUGCGCAACUGGGUCUCUACGCACCAACCUGAAAGUCCGCAAGCCGUUGUACUAAGACACUCAGCGCAAAAAGGUACGUCACCUUACCAUCCUGUAGUGCCGGCGUAUGUGAUAGCAACAGCAGAAGGGCUAAAUAUCGGUUCGGAUGGACUUGAUAAAACGGAAAAUGCUACUGCUACUGAUUGUAUUGAGUAUUGGGCAAAGACGUUGCCUCGAUUACGCUCCAGCACAGGUGAAACGUCUUGUAGUCACAUUGCAAACACUAUGAAUGAAAAAAACAGUUGUUUGAGUUGGACUCAACUCCUUGUCGGCACCUCCUCACCAUGGUGUACCCCACAGAAUCUACCGGAUAAAGACUUAGGCACACUUCCUAAUGAGCCAGGGCAUUAUCCGUAUGUUGUCCGUACUCUUUACGAGGUGAUGAAAAGAGUGUAUGAGAGGGAAGUGGGCGAUACAUUAGAGCAGACAGAAUGUAAUCCGCUCGCAUCGCAUGAAGCUUUAGAAGACUUAGUGUUAUGUAAUACAUUGUGGGUCUUUUUUGCCGGCUAUAUCGCGGAAGCACUCCUGAAGGAUGACCCGAUAACUAGGUGCUACAAUGGUCAUAGCCCCAUUGACGUCAACAAAGGUCAUCUGGACCCGUCUUUGACCAAAGAAAAAACGUGUCCAGAUGUCCAUUUUCAAGACGUCAGAAAAGUAUAUGUGUGCAUCAGGUGUCAAAAUCUGCUAUUCGAUCAGCUCAAUUAUGCGCUUAAAGGUAGUCCGUUCGAUGAUUCCUUCUUCAGUGAAAACAAAGGACCUCAGGUUCAAGCUUAUGAGUCGGGUACGGGCAACCAAGAAUCUCACAAUUUACCGUUGAUGCUGCACAAUUUUGCUUCGAUGUCAACAAAUCAAAAUGGUUCUUACAAUCUCAAGGGUAGUCAAUUCAGUGCUUUAUCUGUGCAUGGAAGACUUCUUUGCUGCCGCCACUGUGGUGCUCAAGUGGGUUGUGUGAAAGAGGGUGAGGAGGAUGACACACUAUCUGACCCUGCAAUUCUGGCACACCUAACUGAAGUGGAACUCGUUCCUUAUAACUAUUAUCAUAGUCUAAAUCUUCUGAAAGCAACAAACUCCAACCAGAAUUCAACUGAAAAAACGGAAGAGCCCAUUUGGUGUUCGUCGAAAGCGCAGUGUGUAAUCAAAAAGUAUGGAGACAAAGAAAAGGAUACAGAUGACUUCCAAGCUUUGCUGGAGCAAGCUGCACUUGAACGAGAAGAGAUCGAACGCGAUCAAAUAAAGGCCGAAGAAUAUCUUUACCAAGACACUAACAAGACUUCGAAGAAACGAAAGGAGGGAAAGAAAAAUGUCAAGGCCAACAAUCGGUCAAAUUUUUCACAUUUUCGAAACAAAGAUUUUGUACCACGGUCAGUCCGAGAGAAAGAGAAGGAAAAAGUAAUCUGUAAGAUUACAGAUGAUGAUUAUUACCCCAAAGUCCGAAACGGUUUCUCUCAAGAUAUCAUGAAAUAUGAGUUGCUUAUUCAAAGAGAUACAACAACAUUUUCUUCUGUAGCUUCAUCGCAUGAAAGGCCUGCCCUUGAAAAGAAAAGAUCGGUCAUGCCUAAGCAGUAUCUUGUAGAAGAGAAAAUGUGCGCAGGUAAUACUAUGGAACCGUCCUUCAUUUCACCGUCUCGUCGGCAGCGGAAGAAGAAUAAAAAACGUCAACAACCUCAAGUAAAAACUACUGACAACGACAAUGACGACUCGGUAAUAAGCGAAACAUUUAUUUUCGCCGCAUUUGACAAAAAUCACACAUAA